CGUAGCCGAACGCACGCACGUGCGAGCGUCAGUUUGAAAUCGAAGCCGGGAGUUUUGGCGAAACCGUCGUUACGAAGAAAUCUUAAACUUAGUGUUGCGUGUGAACUAGUGCUGCAGAUAAGAAAGUUGUGAAUUGGUAGCGAAAAGAGGUGAGAAACGUAGAAGAAAAUUCAAGAAAUAGGAAAAGAAAGCACAAAUCGCACCGGAACGCAAACUGUGCAAAUACAACAAAACAAAACAAAAAACACAAAAGCUAAAGUAAAAAAAAAAGAGACGCAAAUCAAACAUCCAAGCGGCUUAUUAGCAGCGAAACUACAACGCAACGAACGAACGAACCAUCGUGUCGAUUCCGGAAGUGCGCGGGCAAUCCGGAACCAGCGCGGAACCCUCCCUCCUCUUCUGUACCACAAGCGAAAGGAAUAAAAUCCAAUCAAUACGACAGAUAUUAGCGGUGUGGCUUUGUCCCAAGCAAAACAGUACGCCGUCCCGCUAGCGCACAGCAGAAGAAGCGGCUACCUGACCCACGACCGGCGCGAACGAGAGCUCGAUGUGCAGAGAAGGAUGAAGUUGAUCGAUCGACUGCUGGACAAAUGCUUCCCACGCAACGGGGCACUCGUGCUUAUCGUCGCCGGACUGCUGUGUCUCCAGAUUACCACUAGUGAUAGUACACCGUUAGACGAUAGCAAUAGUAAUAGUGGCAGUAUUAGUAGUAGUGAAACGCUAGAAUUAACCGCAUGUCAGCAUCUGAGGCGUGCGGAGGCGCGUCGCGCCAAGUCAUUAGGCGAUAGUCUGCUGCAAACGGUCCGGAUACCACGGUGUACCGCGCUCGGUGACUUCGAACCGGUGCAAUGCUCCAACGAGCUGAACGGAACCGAGUGCUGGUGUGUGGACGAGUAUGGCGUGGAGAUUACGGGCAGCAGGCGCAGCCACGCGGAUGACGUCAACUGCACCCGGGUGGAUAACCACUGCCAGGCAUCCAGCUGUCGCAUGUUCUGUCCGGCCGGAUUCGCGAAGGACCUGGCGUCCGGUUGUCCCGUUUGCCGCUGUCGUGAUCCGUGCGAGGACAUUCAAUGCCCUCGGGGACAGCAGUGUGAACCGCAGGAGGUACAGUGCAAGACCGAACCCUGCCCGCCGGUUCCAACGUGUCGUAAGGCGCGCAGUCUGAAUGACCUUUGUCCGGCGGGACAACCGCUAGCGAUCACGGGCACCAUACGUCCCUUCCUGUGCGGAACGGAUCCUGGCAAACCGAGCUGCCCGCCACUGUACCGCUGUUUGGUGCAGGGUGGCAAUGACUAUGGCGUGUGCUGUCCGGCUUCGUUACAGUUCGAGAAGCCCGGUAGCUGUCCGCGGGCGAACGAAAUUGAAUCGACGGACAGCGCAGGGUUCCUGUGUGGUACGCCCUGCAGCCACGAUCUCGAAUGUCCACAGAUGCAAAAGUGUUGCCAGUCCGAUGGUUGUGGCCGGAACUGUCAGCAGCCGCACAAUGUUACCGUCUGCCAUCAGGCACGCAUGCUGUCGGAGCUACUGUCGGUGAACGAGCGUGAGGGUCGCGGCUAUGUGCCACAGUGCGAUGGACCCGGGGGCAGCUUCUCAACGCGCCAAUGCUCCCGGAACGGGCUCGUUUGCUGGUGCGUGGAUCCGAAAACGGGUAACAAAGUGAAGGGCACGAUGGGAGCGGCUACCACCGUGAACUGUGAAGGUGUGGAGAACAUGAUCGGUGGCCGUAGUGGGGGACGAAGCGUGGACGGCACACAAACGCUGUGCGACCACAACAUCUGUGCGGCGGUCUGUGAGUAUGGUUUCAAGAAUGACCACAACGGAUGUCCGACGUGUGAGUGCUCGGAACCGUGCGAGGGAUACCUUUGCCCGAGUGGAUCGCACUGCGAAGUGGCGAAGGAUCCGAAAUGUGAAGCAUAUUCCGGUCUCUGCUCGUCCGAGCCAGUCUGUAAGCCGGACCUCGUGUACUCAAACCCGUGCGAGAUUGGUACACCGCUAGCGGACAACAUCACCGGUGAGCUGCUAUUCUGUCAUAUGGAGCGUCUUAAGAGUCGCGAAUAUCAAAGUCGUACCUUCUUCGACGAUGACGAACAAGACGAGGAGCAAAAUGGUCGGAAACGAUCGAUGUCGAACACGAUCAUGUGUCCGGCGGAGACGCACGAGUGCCGCAAGCUGCAUGGCGAAUCCCGCAGUGUCUGCUGUCCUUUGGUGGUCGAAGGUGAAGAUGAGGAGGUGACAGAAGAACGUCAACAAUCGAUGUGCGAAUAUCUGCGCGACUUCUCCGACCGUAUGGAAGGUACGGUGGAGGGGAUGGAACUUGCACUGCCCCCACCAUCCUGUACAUUAGACGGAGGCUACCAGGCCAUGCAGUGUGUUACUCGUAAAGCUAAGGUCAAAGUAUCCGAACAGCGGAAGUACAUCGAGCAGAACAGCAUUCGUCGUAUGCGGAAACUCCUGGAAGAUGCAUCCGUCGCAGGACAUGCGUCCCCAACCACGACCGCUUCUUCUUCCACCUCAUCAACUGCGCCCGAAGUUAGCUCUGUGAAUGCACCAGUUCGUGCACGACGUGCUGCUAAUCCAAGUCCUGACAGCACCCUCAAGCUGCUGCCCGUCAGUGAUGUAGAACAGAUGAUGGGAGGCGAUCCGACCGGAAUCUACAACAUGCCCGGUUAUCUGGCCGUCCAAGCACGCUCUGCAAAGAUCAUCGAUUUCAAUCGUCUAGAAUCGAAGAAUGGCAACGGGAACCUCGACAAGCCGGAAAUUAAGCCGUCUACGCUGCUGAAACGCCCGCUCGUGGUGCCGACCCUUCCCACUCCAAUGCAGGAGCAGCUGGUGGAGGUUGAGAUUGAGGAGUGUUGGUGUACUGAUGGUUUCGGUACGGAAAUUCCCAAGACGCGUGGAUUCAACGCAACGACCAAGAGUUGUGAAGCAUUACGAGAAUCUCUUGACUGUUUGGAUCUCACGUGCCGUAUGGGCUGUGACUAUGGGUUCGUGUUGGAUCCUGAUACGCAAUGUCCAUCCUGCGAGUGUCGCGACCCGUGCGACAGUAUCAACUGCCCGGAUGGUCAAGAAUGUCGCUCGGUCGAGGUGUCUUGCGAGGGCGAGUACUGUCCACCGGUGCCGGCCUGUUUCCCCAAGAAGCCCGGCCAGUGUCCUUUCCUGGUGCCUCCUGGAUCGGAGAACUCCGAAUCAGACUCGUGCGAGUAUGAGUGCCGUACCGAUGCGCAUUGUGAUGGAUCGAAGCGUUGCUGCUCCAAUGGCUGCGGUACGCAGUGCGUUGAGCCACAGCUAAAGACCGCUUGCCAGCAUCUGCAAACGAUUCAACUGCAUCAGGCGUCUGAGCUGGGUAUUCCACCUAAACAGAAGUACAUCGCACAGUGUGACAUCGAUGGCAGUUUCCGAACGAUACAGUGCGGCCCGGGUAAUGUGUGCUGGUGUGUGGAUGAGUUCGGCAACGAGAAGAGCGGAACGCGUACCAACAAUGGUCAACCGAACUGCGAGCUGUUCCCGAAAACGGAAUGUCCACUGCUUAAAUGUCGUCCGUGUGAGUACGGCUACAAGAUUGAUGCGAACGGUUGCAAGACCUGCGAAUGCCGGGAUCCGUGCGGGGAGAUCUCCUGUCCGCGUGGGGAAGAGUGUCAACUUAUCCAGGUAGAGUGCAUUUCGGUGCCCUGUCCAAAAAUGCCAAUCUGCGUACCGAUUCGAGAGUCCGUCUGUCCGGAGGGGUUGCCUUUGCGUUCCAGCGGUCGGGAGAUUGUGUGUGGACCGCAAACCGACGCGGACACGUGUCCGUCGACACACAUCUGCCAACUAAACCCAAUCAGCAACCGAGGGGCUUGUUGUGGGAAGACAAGAGAUGUUUGCUUUGAGUCGAUCGAUCAGAGUUGCCUGCAGGUAGCGGAAUCGGGAUCUGAAAGUAACGAGUUGGACAGCAUCACACGAUGGCGUUUCAGUCCUCGAUUGAACAAGUGUGUCCCAGUGACACUGCCACGCGGCGUAUUCUGCCAGUCAAAGAACCUGUUCCACAGUGAGCAGGCCUGUAACGGUGUUUGUCCAGUGCUGUCCCAGUGCGAACGUCUUCGUCUAAAGAACGCAAUGGCAGCUAAACGAGCAGGUCAACCAAACACCUGGUUCCAGCCACGUUGUGAUCCGGAAACUGGUUUUUGGAGUCCUGUGCAGUGUCUCGGGUCGAUGGGAGCUUCAUCGGCCGAGUCUAACGAAACGAACGGAACAACAUCGGCAAACACGGAUGCUCCGGCCGCAGUCGGAGUGUGCUGGUGCGCCGACAAGAAGGGCGCUCCAGUAAAGGGUUCGCUAACGAAAGGCUCCGAACCGAAGUGCAGCAGUCGACAGGCACGCCGUCGUGGUGACUCAAUCGAGACGUCCUCCAGCGAUCCAGUGAUGGAAGAACUGAUACGACAGAUCACCUUCCUGGUGGACGAAAACAACUAUCUGGUGGAUGAAGAUCUGGAACCUGUUCAGCCGGUCUCUGUGGCGAGCGCCAACUAUGCUCCGGAACCACGCUACAUCGGCUCAGUGUCAUCCGCUACGGAAAAGGUCAUCGAGCUGGCACGCACCGCCGAGAGCCGUAAUUACAUCAGUGACAAUGGAGCCGAACCUAUCGCCAAGCGUCUUAGCGCUUCUGCAACACGCUGCCAAGCCCUGCAAAUGGCUGCCUCCUUUCCGGUGGCGUGUGAUGAAGCCGGAUCGUUCGAACCGAUGCAAUGCAAUGGUGAUACGUGUUGGUGCGUGGAUGCGGCCGGCAACCAACUGCCACUGUCCAGCACCUUCAAGCGUGGCCAGCGGUCCUGCCUCUUCACACCGAUCGACGUGGUCGAAAUCGAGCUACGGCUAAACAACGUCCAUCCACAGCGGGCACUGUUACAUGUCUACGAAACCCUCCGUACCGAACUUUCCAUGCUCGUAGGCAGCAUUUAUGACAACUAUCGGGUGCAGGAGAACGUCGAUGGAAGUGUUACGUUGCGGUUCGAUCUGAUCGAAAGCACCAAGGUGGACGAUGCGUACGCGAUCGAGGAAAUGGUACGGGAAGGAUCGUUCGCACUGUAUCAUGGUCAGCUGGUAGCGGAUAUGACACAGUCUCGGUUCGCGCAUCGCAUCUCGGUCGGAGUUCCGCUGGCCCAGCCAUCGUCCGGCAUCCCGGAAAACACCUUCCAGACGAUCGUGUUCGUGCUGGCGACGGCUUCCGCCUUCCUAGUCGCCAUCUUCGUGGUGUUUGUGAUGCUGAAGCGGGGCCGCAGCACCAAAAACAAACACUACUCCAAUGGGGACAAAAUAUUCGCCAUCGGUGCGGACAAGUAUGUCGACUACAGUUCCCCCAUCUUUGUGCUCAGUGCCAACGAUAGCAAAUCAAUCCAGCAUCAACAACAGCAGCAGGGUCGUUCCGAUUAAUUACCUCCUGCAAAGCUGGUGAACGGUUGGAAAACAGUACAGGCUGUUAGGUAUUAUCUAGGGAUCUUGUUAUCAGGGUCCGCUGCACACGGUGCAUCUUCGGCCCCGGCGUGCACCAGACUCUGGUCGGCUGGAUUUGCAGGCUGCUCUUCGAGCCGAUGCUGAAGGUUUCGCAACUCUUGCACGAACUCUAUAGGAAACGGAAUGCACAUGUUGUUGAUUUUUUACUGUACAUAUUGUGAAAGUUCUCUGCGUCUUUCGCUGAAACUGCAGCGAUGACUGCUAAAGGGAUGAAACUUUAAAUGCUCUUCAUCUUUGCAAACGUUCUUUUAGUUGCUUCCCGUUUCGAAGCACUGUCGAUUAUUACUUUCCACUGGUUUGCAUCACGCGUUCCACGCUAUCGUCACCUUAAUCGUGUCCCCAAUUUCCUUUCGUAACGGUUCUAAAAAAAUGGCUUUUUUGUGUGUCCCCGAAUGGAAUGGCUCCCUCGUACGGUGAGGGAGGUUGGAGGUACGUGUAAAUAAGAUUUUUCGCGCAAACAAUCCGAGAUUGUCUUUACAUUUCCUGACGAUUUCAAUGUCUGCAAGUCUUCACUAUACCAAGAAGUGUUUGAAUUCACUACCAGGGAAAACGUAUAAAAUAAAAGAAACCAUACACACAGGGUCUACCGGAUACGGAAGUAACGAAAUAGAACUAUUUUUUAUCUUACAAAGACACACAACCGCUAGUAUGUAAGCGAUCAUAUUUCUCUACUCUUGUCGUCUCGUUGAUACCCUCCGUGGAGCCAAUGAGAUGUAAAAUAUUACGAUCAAUCAAUUAAACGCUGAAGAUCAUUCGAUCCACAUUCGCGCAGGACAGUAUGAUGAACGAUAAAUGAGGAGGAAUAUGCUAUUUAUUUAUUCUUUUCCCCCUGCUGAUUCCCUUACGUCCAGCAUUUUCACCUCGUUUACCUAUCUCUAGGCAAAUUAGGAUUUUUCAAACAUAAACUUUUCGAACUGCCUGUACAUUGGGUCACCUGCCGCCGAGAGUAGGAUCUCGCAGUAGGUGUAACUGCGCACAACUGUAGCGACACGAUGUAACUGGCGGAAGUCUGGUGCUCUUAUUAGUAUUUUUCUUAAAGUACGUGGUGUGGUAUCUACAACUAUCCUUUCUAAUUUUGAAAAUUUGUACAUAAAACUCUACACUACAACCUGGUGAUAAAAAUACACACACACACAAACACACACACAAAAACGGUGCGAAAGCGGCUGGUGAAACCCCAAUCGAUAUUCUUCCGUUUAUGUGACUUGUUAUUUUGUUUUGUUCGGUAAUGAAAUAAAGAAGAUCCGUAUA